AUGGACCAUGAAGAUUAUGGCUCAGAUCCGUUUACGAGCGAUGGGCUGUGGCGGAUAUCCAAGUUUACUUUGGAUUCCCUCCAGCCGAACGAGCCUUUACCUUGGAACGAGAACUUGAACCUACCUGUACUCUCAGAAGACAUCUUCAAGAACCCCUUAGACUUGUUUGAUGUUGAUCAAUCCAAAUUGCACGGGCUAAAUAUUUUUGGGACCGAACCUUCGGAGCCAAGUCUGUCCACGGAGUCAGUAACAGAUACAUCAAGUGACACUCAACUCGAGAAUUGCAGUGACGCGCAUGAGUCGGACGCCGAAGUAGAGGAAUUAUGGGUGGCUGACGCAGCAGCGCCCCCUGACAAGUCAUUAACCUCAUGGGAGAAGUAUCACACCCGUGGGUACACUGAGCCUCGUUCGGCAUACUUUAGCGAGUCUGGAUUAAAAGGAUUUGAAGCGGCGCUAGACCAUCAUAGCAAGCAAACGUCAACCGGAAAGACGAAAUCUGUUGUGCGAAAUGAUAUCUUCUUCCAGUCGCUGUUCCGGCUUGGAUUAGGAUGGAGCUCUAUGCUCUUCCGGUACAACGACCGACAACAAAAGUUUGAAAAAGUCAUCAAGGACUUGCGUAUCUCCGGGGUUAGUGCUCUUGCACUGAACGGACUGAUGGAUGAGGUUCUCCAAUGCGGGACGAAUAUGCAACGAAUCCGGGCUUUCAUCGACAGAGUACCGUUCAAAUCGGCGGAGCCGUCUGUACUGUCUGCAUUUUCCACGACUGCAUCCGCGAUCAUAUACACACUCGAAAAGCAGUUACUCAGUUGCGCCAAGCACAUUAACUCUGCUCUCCAGGUCAGGGCCUUAUUCCAGCAAUGCGGUGAGCUAGUAGGUGCUCUGUCGAAUAUGGUAGGCAUCGUGGAGAGAGCAGGAUCAGAAGCCCAAGUCAUCUCCUCUGUUUUCAAGCUAGCUGCUCAUUAUUCCCAUAGCCACGGUCAGAUGGAGGAUCUUUUUCGGGAGAUUGUCUUCCGAGUUGCUGGACCUUGGCUGGACUACGUAGAAUCCUGGAUAGGCUUUCGUCCAGAGACGGCCGCCUCGGUGGAGCGGCUUGCAAGUGGGAAAAGUUUUGUUUACUUCGAAAAGCCAGAAGAGAGAGGAAGACUCCAGUCACAGGAACGACUGGACUACGUCUACCUUCCGGACCAAAUGCCGUCUUUCGUUCCACCAGACCAGGCGCAAUUGAUAUUUGAAAGUGGAAGAAGCCUACGACUACUCAAACGCUCCCAUCCAAAUCAUCCCCUUGCAAGACGGGCCACGGAAAUUCCGAGCCUUAGUGGUGCGGGAACUUGGGCUGAGCUGGAAAGAAUACAAACAAAGGCGCGUGACUACGAGAAUAGACUUCGGGCAGAGAUUCGCAAGUACAACAGCGGAGGACUAUAUGAAGAGCAAGGGACAACUAUGGGUGCGCCUCGAUAUGAAGACCUACCAGACGCCUUUGAUCUGUUUGAUAUUGACGAUGCUCGCAAUGUGACCGGAUUACUCGCAAGCCAGUCCCUGGGAAAAGGAAAACUUGGACAAUUGAUGGUCGAUUAUGAGGAUUCCACCAGAGAGCGAUGUGGAACCAAUUUCGCUCCAGAGGUCACGUCGUCGCUUCACCUCUCACUUGCUCCUCUGCUUUCGUCGCAAGCCUUAUUGAUUGACUAUUCCUGCCUUCAUCUGCUUUUCAAGGAGCAUAAAUUGAGAGACCAUCUGACUUUGCAAUGGCGGUUCCAGCUUCUUGGUGAUGGGUACUUUACGUCCCGCCUCUCUCACUCACUCUUCGACCCUGAGAUGGAAAGCAGCGAGCGAAAGACUGGCGUCGUACGAAGCGGCGUACAUACAGGUCUACGCCUCGGAAGUCGAGAUACCUGGCCUCCAGCGAGCUCAGAGCUGCGCUUGGUGUUGAUGGGCGUUCUCAACGAGUGUUAUGGUGUUGAGUAUGCGGAUGGCUCUGGUAAUCCAGAGUUUGAAAAUGAAAAGGAGCUUCCCGGAGGCCUAAGCUUCUCCAUUCGCGAGUUGACAGAGGAAGAUAUCGCCAAGUGCAAGAAUCCAAACGCUAUUGAAGCACUCGACUUCCUCCGCCUCCAAUACAAACCCUCAAACGUUCUCGAUGCCAUUAUCACUCAGCACUCUUUGCACAAGUAUGACCGACUUUUCAAACAACUACUUCGGCUCCUUCGGAUGGUCUCAGUCGUAAAGGGGCUUAUUCGAGACUCUACCGCCAGGACUUCACUUUCAGGAGAUACCCGGAACAUCUUGCAAAAGUUCCGGAUUGAUUGUCAACAUUUUGUUCUUUCAUUGAGCGACUAUUGCUUCCAGCUCGGCAUCGGCUCGACUUGGCAGCGAUUCCAGGAUACUCUCUCUAAGGUCGAAACCUGUCUCGACCGCGGUGACAUUGACGGCACAAUUGAAGCAGCCCAUUCGAUCUCAAGACUAAGAGCUUACCAUGAAGAAACUUUGGACCAAAUGCUCUUUGCGCUAUUUCUCAGCAAACGGCACGCCGAGGUUGCCAAAUUGAUUGAUGACAUAUUCGAUGUGAUCCUCAAGUUUGCUCCACUGUCGCGGAUGGACGGGAUGCAUGGCGUGCGCCAUGAGAGCGAGGCGGUGAUCAAGCGCUUAUACGUCGUCUUCAGAAAGCAAAUGUCUGCGCUCGUUGGGUAUCUACGCAGACUUGAUGGAGCGAAGUCUGACCCUCGGAGCAGGGGUAGGUCUGGGAUGACUCCUGCGUCCAGAAAAACGCCCACCAACGUGUUUGACCAUCUUCUGGUGCGACUGGACAUGAGGAAAUAUUACUAG